CCCGCCCGCCGUCCCAUGGCGUCCCUCCUCCGCACGGCCGCCGCGCUCGCGCCCCCGCCGUCGUCCGCCCGGGAGACGCGGCGGCCGUCGUGCGCCGCCUCCCUCGCCUGCUCCCGGCGCGCGCCGGCGAGCCCGCUACGCGCGCCGCCUCUGCCCCGGCCACGGCGAUUGGGGCCCGAUGAGGCCGCGCAUACGGCCACUCAGUUUCUCUGCCGAUACAUGAGAAGAGAUGGGCAUGAAGGUGAUGGAAGAACUCAAGGACAAGACGAACCUAUUAUGUUUGGGCCAGAUGAUGACGAUGGUGCAAAGAUUCCUACUCAAGUAGAGACUCUUGUUAGAGGCACUGCAACAGUUGAUGCUCCAGAAUACAAGCCACUCCCAGAUCUCGAUUACCUUCAGGAAUUGCUGGCUAUUCAGCAGCAAGGACCCCGAUCAAUAGGUUUCUUUGGUACCCGGAACAUGGGUUAUAUGCAUCAACAACUUAUUGAGAUCUUGAGUUAUGCUAUGGUCAUAACAAAAAAUCAUAUAUUCACAUCUGGUGCUUCUGGGACUAAUGCAGCUGUUAUUAGGGGUGCUUUGAGAGCUGAGAAGCCAGAAUUGCUUACCGUAAUUUUGCCUCAAAGUCUAAAGAAGCAACCUCCUGAAAGCCAAGAGCUAUUAUCUAAAGUACAAAACUUGAUUGAGAAACCUCAGUAUGACCAUCUACCACUAAUUGAGGCUAGCAGGUUAUGCAACAUGGACAUCAUCUCGAAGGUCCAACAGGUGAUAUGCUUUGCGUUUCAUGACAGCAGGCUGCUGAUGGAGACCUGCCAGGAGGCAAAGAACAUGCGGAAGAUCGUAACGCUCUUCUACUUGGAUUAGCUAGCACCUCGGGGCGCUUCUCCCCUUUUUGUCCUUAGGUCGGUGAAUGGGAUGCUAUUCGGUUUAGUCAUUCCUUUAUACACUAAAGCUCUGGAGUAGGUUCAGGUUCGGGGCAUAACAGUGUGUCUUGGGGCAUUCUGCCCAUUAUUCAAAUUCUUGGUAGAAACCAAAUAAGCUUGUCGAUAUGUCUAGUCCGCCAGUAAAGAAAAUAAUUCAAGUUCUUAUUAUUAAUAAUUUCAAAGGGUAUAGUAUUGAAAAAAA